GAAUUUGCAUGAAUUCUGUGUCACAGUAUUUAUGAACGAAUGCAUGCAUUGAUUGCAACAAAACUGUAAGACUUGUGACAAACAGUCGGCACAAGAAAUACAUGUGUUUUGUAUUGAAAUGAGUGACGGAUUGGACACACAUUUGCAUCACUCGGAGGACUAUUACCACCGAUUGGCGCACAUUAUCACCAAUAAUCAACUCAAUGCACAUAAAGCACACAUUCAGACAGCGAUUCCUCCGGAUCUGUUGCCAUACAGGGAGUGGUUUAUCGAAAGAGUCGAGAGUUUGGCCGAUCUGUCGGCCGCCGACUGUCACCGACUGAUCCACAGACGCUCCAGAGAUCACACAAAAGAUCUCAUUAAAAGUGAUGCAAAAGUGAAAAAAAUGAGACAAAUAUUGGCCAAAAUGAAUGGCAUUGAAGUCAACGAUAAUUCACUGCCAUUUGAAGAGACGGAUGACGAGGAAUGUGAGGACACAAUCGACAAGAAGAAUGAGUUGAUUAAAGUGAAGGCAGAAGUGGACCAAUUGGACCAAAUGCUCGCAAUGAUUGAUGUGUCCAUUCAUGAGAUGCCAUCCGUGGAUGAGUUGAUAGCGUCGGCGAAGCGACUCAAUGACCAAUUAGUGUCGUACAGAAGGGAUACUCAGGCACUAAGCGAUGAGAUAGCGAGGGAUCAGUUGACAGCGAUGGCCAUCGAAGCCGACAUUUUUAAAAUCUACAAAAAUAAUCCAAAUCUCAUUUAA